UACAAUGCGGAAAUAUUUUUUCAUAAACAGCAAGGAAUGUUUACCAAGGAAAUAAAGUUUAAAACUAUUUUUCUCAAAUUUCUUUUCACCCCAUUACCUAACUGGAGUGUGAAAUUUCAAUUUCACGAUGGAGAUUAAUAAGGUUAUGGACCCCGGACAACUGCUUUUCAACAACUGCCUAAGGAUGCGCUACGAGAGGAAACUCGGACCUCUAGAGACCAUGUACCACGUGUUUUACACCAGAGGUGUGGAUAUCUACGCACAAAUGGCUACCCUUAUGUGUAAAAGACUCGUGGAAUUUGAAGAGGUCAAUGAAGCUAUGGUGUGUUUGUUAAAAAGACACCCGAUGCUACGAAUGACAAUCAAGGAAACUGGGGAAGAAUACCCAGACUUUAAAUUUGUUGAAAUGAACCCAGUUAAACUCGAUAUUCAAAUUUCGUAUAACUGUAACAAGGAAGAACUUUUACAUGAAGAAUCGUGUAAAUCCUUUGCAGUUAAAGACGGCCCACUGUGGCGAUUGACUAUUGUCAAACAAAAACAGGAGCAGUGCAAUGUUGACACGGUAAAGUCGAGUGAGCACAAUUUUGAGUUUUCAUUCGUGUUCUGUUUUCAUCACAGUUUAGCUGAUGGGAUUUAUCUCAGAACCUUGUUCGCAGAUUUCAUUGAAUUCUUAGACAUGGUUCAAAGACACGCAAUAGACUCGCGUUUUGUGAAAGAAAUUGAUAUGUUACCAGCCAUUGAAUCCCUGCUCCCUUUAUUAAAUCCCAAUAGAAGGCUUUAUACUUCAGAAUGCAGUAGUGAGGAUACUGUAAAAGACAUUGACGCCCUCCAUGCGUACGAAGUUCAUUUCGAUCUUGAAAUUGAGCAACUGAGGAACCGGCAGCAAUCAACCAAAUCCAUUAGGUCCAACUUGCCGUCAGCAAAGUCUAAGACCUUUCUUCAUCAGUGCAAACAAAAUCACGUGACUGUGACGGGUGCUUGCAUAGCUGCGUCUUGUAUUGCAUUUUGUCAGUUGAUAAAAGCAUCCAUUCCAGGUGAUAUUAAGGUUUUAAACAUUCCCGUGGAAAUUAUGGUGAAUAUGAGAAGAUAUACCCAAAACAAAAACAUGUAUCUAGCCUACCCGGGUGUAGCUGCUGUUCAUCUUCCCCUUACAGUCAAACUACCGCUUGGCGGGAACUUGCAGGAGCAUUUCUGGUAUUUAGCAAAACAGUGUACAGACGACAUUAACAACAUGUUAAUUUCGGGCUAUCCACUGGAAUACAUGUCAACGGAAGUUGUUCAAGAAAUUAGCAAAGAGCCCCAAAAAGGGAAAUCUCCAUAUGUACUCUGCAUAACUAACAUGUCUUCAGUAGAUGGCAUUGUGAAACCCAAUCAAAGAUCUCGGUUCCACUUGAAGGAAUUUCCCGCCAUGACCCAGAUAGGUAUCGAUGAAAUGCCAAUAUUCUAUGUGGGGAUUUUAUCUAUGGCACAAGAACUUCACCUUGAUAUCGGACAUUGUCAGAGGUAUACAUCACAGUCAACAGCGGCCAAAUUCUCCUGGAAUGUUGUAUCCAUGUUGCAAAAGUUCAGCAGUUUGUGAAACGACACAAUUGAAUUGAUGCGCUUCGGAAAAGAAGGAUGAAGCAUUCCAACGAAAAUCGGAUUCAAAUGCAUUUUCUACCGU